AUGAGGCCAUCAACGACCAAUCAGCGUACAGUGACGAAGUCGCCGACCGAAGGUAUAAAUAACCGUUUUAGUGACUGGUGAUGCAUUCGUUUGACGAUUAUUGGGCGGAGUUGCCGUAGUUGUUAGCGAAAGCUCCAUUACUUGCUUGAGCCAACUAUCUACAUCAUACGUCCAUUUCUACUUCCUUUUUUUUUUUAAACAGUUUUGGAAGACAUUACACUGCAAGAUGGUAAGUUUUGAUCUAUCUUCAAUGUUUUAGAGAAUACGAAAGGAAAAUAAUGUUGGGUUGCUGGAGUGGGAACAGCCAUUUUGUAACGGUUAAAUGCCGGCCGGUUUCCGACUUCGUUUUGAAUUGAUGUAUUUUUGGAAUCUUUCUUUUUUGCAUUUAAAUUAUUUUUUUUAUUCGAAUUGUUUCAUAUAUUUCUCUGUAUUUUAUAUAACGAACAACAAAAUAAUGAUUUGUUUUUUAGAAAUAUCUGAAUAAUCGAGUUCAUUGAACUUUGUUCAUUGGUUGUUAACCAAUUAAAAUUUUAAAUUUUGUUUUAAAUUUUGUUUAAAAUUUUAAACUAAUUAAAAUUUUAAUUUUAACUUUAACUAUAGAUACGUCAACUUUUUAUUUCUAAGAAAAUUGGUAUCUAUCAUUAAGAAUUUAAUAUGGAGAUUAUUAACUAUAGAAUAUUUAGUUACUUUUAUAAUUUGUAAUUUCUUUAAUUAAUAUAUGUAUGAAUAAUAUAUUUUAUAUUCUUGUUUCAGCGUGAAUGUAUCUCAGUCCAUGUUGGACAAGCUGGUGUCCAGAUUGGAAAUGCCUGCUGGGAAUUAUAUUGUCUGGAGCAUGGCAUCCAGCCUGAUGGUCAAAUGCCAUCUGAUAAAACUAUUGGUGGAGGCGAUGAUAGUUUCAACACCUUCUUUAGCGAAACUGGUGCAGGAAAACACGUACCUAGAGCAGUCUUCAUUGACUUGGAACCCACAGUAGUUGAUGAAGUACGCACUGGUACCUAUCGACAGCUGUUUCAUCCAGAACAACUAAUCACUGGCAAGGAAGAUGCAGCCAACAACUAUGCCCGUGGUCACUAUACAAUUGGAAAAGAAAUUGUAGACCUUGUAUUGGACAGAAUUCGUAAAUUGGCUGAUCAAUGCACAGGUCUUCAAGGAUUUCUUAUCUUCCACUCCUUUGGAGGUGGCACUGGUUCUGGAUUUACCUCUCUUUUGAUGGAACGUCUUUCUGUAGACUAUGGCAAAAAGUCAAAAUUAGAAUUUGCUAUCUAUCCUGCUCCACAAGUCUCCACCGCAGUUGUCGAGCCAUAUAAUUCAAUUCUAACCACGCACACUACUCUUGAACAUUCCGAUUGCGCAUUUAUGGUCGACAAUGAAGCUAUUUAUGAUAUUUGUCGCCGGAACUUGGACAUCGAAAGACCUACUUAUACUAAUUUAAAUCGAUUGAUUGGUCAAAUUGUGUCCUCCAUUACAGCUUCUCUACGAUUUGACGGUGCACUGAACGUUGACUUGACUGAAUUCCAAACGAAUUUAGUACCUUAUCCAAGAAUUCAUUUCCCCUUGGUAACAUACGCACCCGUCAUUUCCGCAGAGAAGGCGUAUCACGAGCAGCUCUCUGUAUCAGAGAUUACAAACGCGUGUUUCGAGCCAGCUAAUCAGAUGGUGAAAUGCGAUCCUCGCCACGGAAAAUACAUGGCCUGCUGUAUGUUAUACAGAGGCGAUGUUGUACCUAAAGACGUAAAUGCUGCAAUUGCUACCAUCAAAACGAAACGUACUAUUCAAUUUGUCGAUUGGUGUCCAACUGGAUUCAAAGUUGGUAUCAACUACCAGCCGCCGACUGUGGUACCUGGUGGUGAUCUUGCCAAAGUACAGCGUGCUGUUUGCAUGUUGUCGAAUACUACUGCUAUUGCAGAAGCCUGGGCCCGUCUUGACCAUAAAUUUGAUCUUAUGUACGCCAAACGUGCAUUUGUUCAUUGGUACGUCGGUGAAGGUAUGGAAGAAGGUGAAUUUUCUGAAGCACGUGAGGAUCUGGCGGCUCUUGAGAAAGACUAUGAAGAAGUCGGUAUGGAUUCCGCUGAAGGUGAAGGAGAAGGCGCUGAAGAAUACUAAAAAGCUUUAAUUAGCUCAUAUAUUUAUGACUGGUUUGAUAUCUUUUUUUUUUGCUAAUAAACAGAUUGUCAUCAGCAAUGAUAUGUUCUUAUAUUUAGAAAUCCUAAACACUUUUUAUGUUGAAUAAUUGUAUUAUUUUAUCAUUUUAUUUAUAUAUUGUUUGCAAUGACUAUAACUUUAUCUAAUAUGAUUAGAUGUCUUAUACAAAAACUUUUAUUUAUAAAAUUAUGAGAAAAUCCUCUGUU